AUGGCACGUGAAACCGAUCGCCGCCGACGCGCCGAAGCCGAUCACGUCGUGCUGUUCCCCUUCAUGGCGCAAGGCCACCUCGCCCCGUUUCGCUGCUUCGCCGCCCUCGUGCGCCGCUGCCGCCCCGACGCCCGGGUCACCUUCGUCGCCACCGCCGGCACGGCCGACUCCCUCCGCGCCCACCUCGACGUCGACGCCAUCGCCGUGCACGCCCUCCCUUUCCGCCCCGCCGACGCCUCCCAUCAGCUCAUUGACCUCUUCCUCGCCUCGGAGUCGCUCCGCCCAGCGUUCCACCAGUUCAUCGUCGGUCUCAGACGCUCCGACCCCCAGACCGACGUGCACGUCGUGGCAGACAUGUUCCUGGCAUGUACGGCGGACGUAGCCCGCGGCUACUCCGGCGUCACGCACUCCGUCCUGCUCACCACCGGUGGCUACGGCUCCGCGCUCUACUUCUCGCUCUGGAACAGCGUCCCGCUUGUCCCCAACGACGACGAUGACGAGUCCUUCCGGUUGCUGAGCUUCCCGGACAUCAGCGUCCAACGUUCGCAGCUCACCGAUCACCUCGCGGAGGCCGACGGAGGCGACGCGUGGUCCACCUUCAUCCGCAGGCAGAUCGCCGCCUUCUCCCGCGCCGACGCGCUGCUCGUCAACACCGCCGAGGACCUGGAGCCCAAUGGAUUGAACAUGCUCCGGCAAUGGCUCAACAAUGUCCCUAUAUUCCCGGUCGGGCCGCUGCUUAGGACGGCAAGCUCGUCGUCCCCGGAGAAGACGAUGACAAGUAGCCCCAUCUUGGCCUGGCUCGACAAGCAACCGCCAGGCUCGGUGCUGUACGUGUCGUUCGGACGGCUGGAUGCCGCCAGUGCGGUGGGGACGUCCACGGCGGCGCGGGCUGGGACCGAGCAGCGGGAACCGUGUUCACACCGCUGA